AUGGCCACGGUGUCUCUUCAAUCGGUACCUGCACUUCAAUCUUCUCGAAAGAAAGAGAAGUUGGCUGCAAUCAUUGCCGCCAAGAUUUGGAAAACCAUUGAUCGGACCGGCCAUUACCAAAAUCCGCCAGUCGCUCUCGGUUCCCUUUUCUCAUUCAUCUACCUUGCAUGGUGUCACCGAAAAUCAGCACAGCGCAAAGUCUUCCAACUGCUUGCCAAUGACAGGUUGUUGGAUAUUGCAGAGGAGCAAGCCCAGAGUCAAGAAAAGGAUUCGUUCUCCGCGUCAUCGAGUGAUGAUGAAAUUGAUCGACUGCUGGAAGUUUGGCGACAGCGCAACCUCAUUCGAAGCCUCUUCCCUCUCAUGGGUAGCACUGCAGGGAUACUAGCUCUGCUGAGUCGAAUCAAGGAGCUUCGGACUUGA